AAAAAGGAAACAAUAAAAAAAGCCCGCUACUCGCUGCUCCUGUAAAGAAUCCGAAGAGGUGGCCGAAAGAGCAGUCAGAUGUGGUGUUCGCUUCUGCCUCCCGCGAUCCUCUGCCUGCCUCACCACCGCCGUCCCUUCCUCUCUCCCUCCCUCUCUCACCCACCUUUCUGCUUUCCCAUCGCUUCUUCCCUCCUGCCUCCUUGCCGUCCCUCACUCUCACACUCCUUCCCUCAGUCACUUUCUCUCUUCCUUACUUCAGAUCUCUUAUACGUUGCUGCCUGUCCCUCAUACCUUCCUCUCUCACUCCCUUCCUCUCUUCCCCUUUUUACCUCCAUGUUCUGACUUUCUUUCUCUCACUCCCUUAUUACUCCAGCACUUAUUACUCCGUCCCUUCUUCUCUCAUCACUCCCUCAUUGCUUCUUGCCAUUCGUCCCUUCCUCCUCACACCCGCACUCCCUCAUUCCCUCACCUCUGCUCACUCUUCGGCCCUUUCUCUCUCUCUCUCCCUACCUACCUCACUAACGCCCACCUUCCUCACUCCUUCCCACCGCCUCGUGUUUCCGGGAUUCAGAUGAAGAGGAACAAACACGUCGUCUGUAUCCUUCGCUAGAGACGGAUGCCUCUCGACAGCAGAAUGAGAGGCGUGGCGUCCGUGUCCCUCCUCGCCCUGGGCCUGGCUGUGGCUUGGGCGACGGAUGCAACGCCAAAGGAGGUCAGCGAGAACGAGAAGGAGCGAGAGGAGACCAGCGGGAAGAACGCACGCCAAGUCUAUUCCUACAACCGCGGUACUGGUUAUGGGACCUCCUACAACGGCAUCUACCCGAGCAACAUCAUCCCGACGAGCAGCUACAACCCUUCCUACAACCCCUCUUACUACCCUUCCUAUAACCCGACGGUAGGGAGCGCGGGGGGCGUGUAUCCCAUCACGCCGACGGUCGGGAGUAGCUACGGGGAGUCCUUCACUGUUCGCCGCGCCUCGUCAAGAACCACCGUUGGCUCCAGAGUGAUCCUGACCCAGGCGGUGACGCAGGGUGGGUCGGGCUGGAACGCCGCCUCCAGUGAGUUCGUGGCCACCUCGACGGGCACGUUCUUCUUCACCUUCUCGGCCGUGUCGGAUCGCUACACGCAGUUCAGGGUGAGCCUCCGACAUAACGGCAUCGAAGUGGUGAGCGCCUACGGAGAUGCCUCAGGCUACCAGAUGGGCAGCCAGAGCGCCGUUCUCAAUCUUAGGUCUGGAGAUCGCGUUUACUUGCAGCUGGACGAAGGCCGCCUCUACGACUCGUCCGCUUCCUCCAGAGGCUACACCACCUUCUCUGGCUUCAGGAUCCGAUAAAAAGGCUGUUCUCAAGACCUCCGACCACAGGGAUAAAAUGUCUUUUGUGCCUCCGACAUUAAUGUUAUGGCCAUUCUCUGUGAAUCAUCGAAGAGGAAAAAAGUAACUCAUUGCAUAAGAAUUUCAAGCCAAACGUCAAAAUAUUACUUAGAGGUUAUUGGUUUCCUUUGUGGGCUCUGAUUCUUAGUAGUCUUCUGACACUGUUGGAGGUUGUCACUGGUAACUAUAUGUUGUAUUUUGAGAGGCUGAUGACUUAAACUUGGGACCAUGUAAGAGGUUGAUUCUUAUGUAAACACUGGCAUCUUGUUGUCUGAAGUAGAUUAUGACUGCAGAUCUUUCAUGCAGUAUGUUCACUUUAGUCCUACGUCAAGGGAGCCUAGCACGAAGGUUUGUAGUGUGCAUGAAUAUUGUAAAUUCGUUUUUUUCUUAUUAAAAGGCAUGAUUCCCUUUAAAUAUGUUUUGAAUGAGCAGCCUAGACAGGAACCAACACUGAAUACAAACAAGAUCCACAGCUUUGCCUGAGGAGGGAAGUCACCUUAUUAUCACUAAACCUGCUAAAGGAAUAUGAUUUUAUCUUAUCAAGGAGAAAACAAAACGCUCUCUGGGUUAUAUCUGUAAAUUGAUUAAGUAAGUUUGUGUAAUAGCAGUGAUGGUAGUAAGUAGUACAUAACAGUAAUAGUAGUAGUAAUGGUAGUAGUGGUGGAGAUAGUAGCAGAAGUGGCAAUCUGUGAAAUGCUGGAAACGAAUAAAAAAAAUCAGCUAAUGGAAGCGAAUCCUCUCUCAAUAUGCCAUAGCCAUAUCUGGGAACGAUUUGCUGUUGUUUAUUUAUCAGUGGAAAGUCUCAGUCCUGAUUACUUUUCAUUUAAAACAUAUAACUGUGAAUCCAUGGGCCUGGGUCGAAAUGCAAGCCCGGGCAGUCAUGUGCAGCCCACCCAGCUGUUCAUCCUCCCUUUCUGGCUGAUCAAUAAACGGGUAAACCUGGGGAAAGUAAACACACACCGGCCCAGCGUCCCGGGGUGAUUGGUUAUCUCCCGCCACAAACUCAAGGGCCAAUGUGCCAGAGAUGGACAUCGAGGCCAUGUGCAGCUUUAGCAUAUGCCCCCAACUUUACCUUUACCUCUCUGCUGGAGGACCUUACUACCUGUCAUGACAAUCACUGGGCAAUAAACUCUGGAAUGUCUUAUAAAGUUUAAUUAUAUAAAUACAUAUUUCCAUAAAAAAAGAUACUAGUCUUAAAAGAUUGUACAGAGCGUUAUUCAUUACAAACUCAUGUUUAGGCGCUUCAUAUGUACAUAAAUAAUCUGCAGAAUUAGAACUAUGUUUAAUGUAAUAUGUUUCAAUAUCUAAUGCAUAUUAUAAAGCUUCUCUAACUAUAAUAAUUUUGUACAGGUAAUACUUUGGUUCUGUUAUAAAUCAAGAAAGUACACACUCUGCCAAGCAAUAGUAUGAACCUACAUCCUGCUCAAGGUGUCAGUUGGUGCCACUUCCCCUUUACUGUGCCACAGCUUUUCCACAUUGGAGAGUUUUUGCAUGAUUCCAUGGAAAAAAUGCAUCCAUCACACUUCAGUUAAUUGCAAUUUCACUAAACUUUUUUUAGCCUGCUGACUUGAGGUUGAAAUGUCUCUUGAAAAUAAACCUUAUUAGACUUUGGUGAUUCCUCAAUUGCAGGUUGAAAGCUUGAAAAGUUGUGUCCUGGAUGUGUGCACUCUUUGGAUGAAAAGUUCAUCAACAAACAUUCCACAGGUCUGAUGGUCUGCCUUUUCCACCCAGAAGGAAAGCACAAUACAUAUAACUUGCCUUUCCUGGCAAACAUUCAUUAAUCAUUAUAUAUAUAUAUAUAUAUAUAUAUAUAUAUAUA